AUGUUUCCUGGCUUACCGAAUCCCAGUAAGCCGGUGACUGACAACGAUAUUAUGGACGCGUACCUCCAACUGAGGAAGCAGACGGGAUCCCGGUCCUCUUCGCCAGCUAAGUCCUUAUCGAAGCCGGCCGCCCUUCCCAAGACUCUUAAGCCUAUACAAGUUUCGCAUCAAAUGAAGAUAGAUACUGAAACGGCUUCUCUAGCGGUAGAGCAUCGGUUUACAGAUCACAUGUACGACCUCUUUGGAGAGCUUGAAAACGAUCCUAUUUUUGGGGAAGAUGGGCUACUGAGGAGCAAUGGUUCACUUCUACAUGUCUCUUCUUCUCUCAAAGUCCCUUUCGGCAAAGAGGUUGGCAUUACUGACCUUUCGCCCUCCAGAUUCUCGACCGUGUCUAGCCCUUCCCCGCACUCAACCAGCUCAGGUAGCCUCAAGACAAAGGAUCCUUUGGAUAUUUACCUAGAGUCGGCAUAUUCUGCUUUAGACACCGUAAACACCUUUGACCCUUCCGCCGCAGAUGUGCUCUAUAGGGUGAUUAAGUGGCUAGUAACCGACGCUCGAGUCAAGCCUGAGGAGGUAGCGCGCCACAAGGAAGCAUCUGCCCAUGCUCUCGCUCUGGUCGCAGACAGAGAAAAAGUGAUCGAAUCCCUUACAAAGGAGAAGAACUCUGCUGUGGCCGAGUUUGAGGACCUACGAAGACAAAUAAAAGACUCAGAAAGCGCUGCUGCUAGACUCCAGUUCGACCUAGACUCAUCUAGAGCGGAGAUUCGCAUGCAUCUGGAGAAGAUCUCUCUUCUCCAAGCAGAUUUACUUGAAGAGGAAAAAAAGUUUUAUGACAUGAAGAUGGAGAGAAAUAAGUUAGCUUACCGGAACACGGAGCUGGUCACCACUGGUGUUGAGUUACGCACGCAGAUAGAGGAGUUUAUUAAAGUCCAGAAGGAGUGCACGUCUCACGACGAGGAGUACACUAUGGAGAUUAAAAGGCUGAAGAGUGAGCUUGACAAUCUGAAGGAGCAGUAUGACGAUGACAUUGUGGCGUAUCAGCAAAUAGUGGGCUCAAAGACAGAGUUGAUUGCAGAUUUAACAAUGCAAUGCAACACGGCUCAGAAUGAAGUUAUGAUAUUAAAGGACAAACUAGCGUACAUGCAGAAUUGUAUUAUGGCCAACAAAACGGUCUCAAGCCAAAGAGUCAAAGAUGGGAGCCUUGAGGGCAGCCUUGUCGGGAUUGUCGAUCAAUCAACAAAGAAUACUAAAGGCAGUGGUGAUCAAUCUGAUACCGCGUCACAAGCUAGAGCGGCUGUAAAAAAAUCUAAGCCAACUCGUGGUAUCGCUGUCCAGAUAGGAGGUGACAAAGAUGGCCUCUGCACAGUUGCAGGAGAAGAUCUAGAGGACUCUGAGGCUAGCUCAUUUAUCCAGUUCAGACUAGGAGAUGCAGGAGCCGGUUCUCAGCUACUGGACUUGCCCUCUCUGGCAGCCUUCCUAUCUGCCCAAGUGAGCGCGGAGGCAUCGAAGGUGAAUGCCCUGCUGGAUAUAUGCUCUACUGGUUCGCCUUCUAAGCAGUCCAAUGUUGCUUCCAAUGUAAUCAGGCGGAAGAUGCAGCUAUUCAACAAUCAGGUUUCAAAAUAUAAAGAGCUCUUGAUCAAACUUGCUAACUCUGAGGACGUGGCUGUCGAUCUGGACGUAGACUCAGAUAUAGACUUUCAGGCCAGCCCACAUACCCACUCGGCAAAGAAUCCAAACGAGAACCCUUCCAAGAAGACUCUGCAUGGAGUAAGCUCCUCUUCUGAUGCCCAAUUGAAGACCGAUGACAUUAGGACGUUGCAGACUAUACAAGCAGUGCUUGGUGAGACGUUUACACUGGAUGAUCUCAUCACUAACGAGGAGCUUUUACGCAUCGUGGGAGAAGCGAAACUGAACUUGCUUCUAGGUAAACUCAAGCAGAGAGGGUGCUCAACCUUUAACGCGAGCAACCUACUCAGCGAGGCUAGCACUAAAGACGCCGAUGAUUCUAAGCUAAGCGUGGCACAGCAUUCUCUACCACUCAGGGAGCCAGGAAAAGAACAGCUAUUUGCAGCUACGAGUCCUCAUGUUAAAGCACCCAAAAAAGGAGGACAAAAGAAUGCACUAGGAACAGAGUCCUUAACCCGCAAAAAAGCUCCAUCAUUUCCGCAAAAGGUGUUGAAUCACACUGGAGUUAGAACUGCACAGAAAACCAUGCCUAAUCGUGCAGCAGUACGUGAUGGCAAACUUCCACAGGAUGAGGCUUCACAGCUUGUCAUGGACGGCCGCUUAGAGGGCCAAAUGCUGCAGAAGAUCACUGAUAUUUCGCAAAUUGAUGUCAACCUUAAUCCAGAAAACGACUCACUGAUAGAGGAAAAUGGGCCAAGCAAUCUCCUACCUUCCGAUAUGACUGAAGAGACGCCUAUCUACGGAUAUGUGUCACCGGCUCUCACCUCAGAUAUAUUUGGUGCUGACCCUAAAGGAUCACGCGAGUACCCAACCAAGGUUAUCACUGACAAGAACACUGUGGAGAACAAGCCCGAAUCAGUUGUGCAUAAUAGACUCUCUACUGAAACGAGUGUCUCCCAGAAAAAGCCUGUAACAGCUAUUGCUAUGACAGGAACGCGAACUGCGACCCAAGAGUCAGCAGAAGAGACACACCAAGCUAUGAAGGAAAUUCUUGAGCCUCCUGCUCGCCUGCAAACGCCGCAAGAUCAACAGAGGCAGAGAAUGCCUCCUGACACGAAGCAACAGGCCAUGUACACUGUCACCACCAAGCAAGACUCUCAAUUGUUAACUGGAAUGGUUGUUAAAGCAACAGGUCCUCUAGUUUCUGAAACGCCAGUGCGCAUAAAAGGCACACCAUCCGUUCAGGUAGGGAAAGCCACGCCACACAUUUAUAAGUCCAGUGUACGGCAGCCUAAUGACCAGAUGGUAUUUCUACCAGGUAACCCAGUUAAGAGCAUAGGCAAAUUGAAUGACCAUCAGGACAGCGACGAUGAAUCGGAGUCCAGUUCAUCUUCGUCUCUUUCACUAAGUUCACACUUUGAAGAUGGCAAGCUCCUAGAGAAGGAUGUUGCUGGCGGAGUGACCAAUGAACCGGCUGCAUCUCCAACCCAAAUAGGUCUUACUGAAGAUCGUAAACAUAAAAAGAAGAAGCAUAACGCUAAAGCACAUAUUAAAUCUGAUAAGGAACAAGGCAUAUUGAUACAGCUCCAAGGAAAAGAUGCUAAGAAGGGCUACUACACGUAUCUACAGACAAAGAACGACAAGGCAUUGCAGUAUGAACCUCUCCUCGAGGGCAGCCGUGCAUUUUCUGAUGUUAUUCUCACGGCGUCACAUAUUUAUGAUCCACAUUUUGAGAAUGCCCUUCUGGCGAAAAGUAAGCAGGCGCUGGAGCGCAUUAAGACCAGGGCCCUGUCGGACCGCACAAAGCUACAGAUGGCAGACCUUGAUUAUAACUACAAAAUGCCGGCAAACAGCAUCUUGCAAGGAUCCCAACUUCUCAAACGUCAGCAAUCAGAGCCGGAUCUGUCCAGGGGCUCCGAGAAGCUGGGCGGCCCUAUCGUUACGGCCUUGUUUGAUGGAACAAUUCCUCAUGUAGAUGGAGUUACAUCAGUUGCAAAGAAACUGAUAGAAAAUAAAGCUAUUGAUCACACUCCUAGAGGAGAUGCUUCUGUGAGUGACCUAGAUCUUUCGGGCCUUAGAACAUAUGACACAGGAAGCUUUGCGUCAAGCAAGUCGGUAUUGGACAAUGACGAUCCACUAAUUGACAUGGCACAACGCGCAGUGAGACAUUUCCGCUUGGUUGGUAAAAGCAUGCAAGCGGACGACACUCCACCCUUCACUACUGAAGCAGCUACCAGUACACCCAUGCGGGAAGAACUGCCCACAAAUCCUAAGCCUUUACUCUCCUUGCAUCAAUCACCUCCAAUAGAGCUGCAAGAGCAUAAGACUGCGGCUGGGGAAGUGUGCCAAUCCAGUCACGAUAUGUCUGCGUCGAAGCCUGAACCUACCCUAGCGUCUGCAAAACGUGAGAAUUUAGUCUCACAGGCGAGCUCCUUGUUGAAGAAAACAGCCCCCAUCCUGGUUCGUACAUUUGAACCUGAUCCGCUUUUAUCGGACCGAGCCACUGAUGAAGAAGGUAGCACUAAUAAGUGUUGUUAUGAUAUUGAGUCUAUCUUUUCACUGGGAAUGCCUAGCGACGAGAAGUCCUUUGAAUUGCUAAGAACUGCUGUUUCGGCGCUAGCUGCUAAAAAUAUGGCAUUGCAUGAUGAGAUAGAAAUGCUUAAGCAGAAGCUUGCAAGCGCUAAAUCCACUAGCAUCGCUCAUCCGACUCCGUCAAUAUCUAUGGCAUGUCAAUCAGAUCCCAAUCCAGCGGCAAUGGCGUCACCAGCAAAGACAGAUACUGAGGCAUUUACUGUUGCCGCGGAUUCAUCUCACCCGAAGCGGCAAGAAUUGCGAUCUUUUUAUCCCCCAAAGGCAUUGAAUGUUCCUGCGCAGUGUUCUUCUAAUGACCUCGUGGACCAGCAGCCUAAUGCUUCUUUUGUGUCGCCUCCAACAAACUCCUUUGUAGAAAUUAAGUCACAGGAGGGACUGAUAGAUACACGCUCUCCAUGUCAAUUUGAGACUGAUCAAAGGACUAUCAAUUUGGAGUUUUCCAACGAGGAGAGAGUAGGUUCAGCGGUCGUAAAGCGAAAGCUAGGAUAUGAGGUGUUGACACACGUUGCCCAGGUAGCUCACGAGCCGCUUCUCAAGCCAAAUAAGGACAUAGUCCACCAAUCAGAACUUUAUGCCUAUCCUCUUGUUGAUCCAGCAGCUGAGAAUACAGCGGAUGGUGGCUUUGGAGCUUCACUUACCUAUGAUACUGCCUUAAAUCUGGCGAAGUCUUCUAUUAGCAAGUCGAUAAUAGUUAAGAACAAGGCCAUAGAUCAUCCAACCCAGUCAGCAGAGCUCGACAAUCUAAUGCAGAUAGACCCUAACAGUGAGCAUGUUCUUGCCCUGUCUGAUGGCUCCGAAGAUGAAUUCCAUCAGUUGGCAAGUACCAACACUGCUGAUACUUUUAGACCCAGUGCUACAGAACAGCACAUAAAUAGAAUUCUGUUUCGCAAUCACGCAAAGCCUCUGCUAGAUGAGUACACGUCCAUCAAGCAUGCCAAUGGACUCACUACUAAUGCAAAUUCACGCGACGAAAAUAUUCCUAGUGCUCGAUCCGCAGCACUACCUGUUUUGGUUACUGAUCUAAAAGCUGCAGGUCUCAAAGGGAGGCCUCAUCGCUCUGCAAGCGCAUCAACCAGUGUCCAGGGUACUGCUUUGCAACUGUUCCCCGCGGAAGAUAUUGACACGCAAAAUCAGUAUCUGGUAAGAACAGGAUCAUGCAAGGCAAUCUUGAUAACUACGCAAAAUGAAGAGCCCCUGGGUAGCAAGGAAUUAGAAAAUUCUAAUGGCAACAUUGCUAGCAGUACUGAUAAUCAAAAACCUCCUUCAACGUCUGAUAGGUUUUUACAGGGGCUGCAACCUCCCACCAAUGGAAGAAUCCAGCUAGAUGGAGAUGAAGAUAAGACCACUGUUGUUGGCGCAUCUCAGUACAAUCCAUAUAUGCAGAAAAGAGUUGUGCCUUAUGGAGACUUGCAGACGAGUAGAAUCCACGUCCAGGAUAACUGCGAAGUGGUCCCUGCUGAUCUUUUAUACAAGGAGCCAACCGAUGAAGAGGUAAUAAGGCAGCACAUACACCAGUCUGCACAGGCAGACCUAGAUGCUUCGGCUGAAAGGCUUGGCAGUCUGGUGCGUAAUCGGUGCAACGCUAUCACAGAGCGCCCUAUCAACUUAAAGUCACAACGCUCUUCUCCAAAACAAUCGCCAUCUAGAUCUAUCUCCCCAACCGUUACAGCUAUGGGCAAGGGCGAGGUUUCUGCGGAGCCUCACCUCUAUACUAGCGCACCUCUGAGUCCUAUGCGGAUGCUUCCACAGCAAAAUGACGGGGCCGUUCAUCAGGGCUUGCAAUCCAAACGUAUGUCAUAUCCAAACACGUUCACUUGGAGAGAAGAAAAGCACCAUGAUUUUCAGGUUCUGUCUCCACGACGGCACACAUCAAACAAGAAGACAGGGUCAUCGUUCAGCUUAGCGCUAAAGAAGGAAGAGCUGCGGCAACGGAAUGAAUUAGCUAAGCACAUUCACAUCCUAGAGGCAGAACUAGCGCUUGAGCGACAGCGCGUUGAAAUGGCGCAGACAAAUCCCAUGAUGAUAUCGUGCAACUACAAUCCAAGCUCUUACCCCUCUGCAUUUUUUCAGGUGAGCGACGGGUUCAAGACUAUAAUGAUCAAAAAUCUCAAGAGCAAGCCAGCUGCCCGUCUCCUUUUGCGUGUAGGAUCAGAUUCUUUAGAGCGGAACGAUGCUUCUUCCGUGAGGGCGCCUGUAGCAACCCGCUCGCAUAGAUCUGUUCACCUUCCUUCUGCUCCAGUGGCUAUUCCAUUAUUUGAGCCAACUGAAGUCCAUCAAGGGCUGGCGAUAAGCGUUAAGAAAGAGCAGAACCCGGAUAUCAAUGAGCAUGUUACCUUCAAUGACUCUCUCACCUAUGCCACUGCACUAGACUGUUUACUGAAUGAGAUUUUUCCGCUCCCGCCUUCUAUCUAUAACAACACGCUGACAUCAUCAGCAUUCCUUCAGUCCUAUGUUGCAAAGUUUCCAGAACUAGCUGAACUACGCAGAGCUCGGACAGCUGCAGCAGAUAUUCUUCUUUUAGUUCCAGCAUCCUGUCCUGCAGCAGAAUUGGGAAAAUACAUUUGUGACUACCGUGCGACUAAUCCACAAACACAUACCUAUCCAUUGGCUAUCGGGGACAAGGUGACCAUGGUCUUUUAUAAACAAGAGCUUACCAAAGGGGAUGGGCGCGUCAUAGAGUCCACACCUGAUCCUGCUAUCCAGUUCCUGGUCACUAACUCACCAGAUCUACAACUGUUACGAUAUAACACUACAGCAAUAUAUGCAUUACUUCCAUGCCAUGUUAAGAUUAAAUCCAUCUCUUGGUUGACACGAUUGAUCCGACUUCUGAUUGAAGAGAUUACAAGUCAGGGCCCAGUAUCUGCUUUGCUAGAUAGGAACAUGGCUAUUAAGCGCGUCCAUUUAUGGGCAAAGAAAAAGUAUGGUCUUCAACAAUUGGUUACGAAUCUUCUCUGGCAUCUGUAUUGCUCUCUACUUUUUCAUCGACGCACUGAUGUAGAGGUGGAUUUCUUUGCACGUAUUCUGUGCGGAGACUAUGAUGCCGACCAGCUAAACUUUUAUUUGAGCCUCCGCGAUCUGCUUAUGCUAUCUGCAGGUGCUCAAGAUAAGGAUAAAGAUAAAAGUAGAGACAACUGUGAUAGCGGAGAUUCUUCUGCAGCUUCCGAUAAAAGUCAACACAUAAUCGCCUUGAGCGCAGCAUUCUCAGUGACAGACAAGCUUUUCCCGAUGCUAAACUCCGCUGACGCCUAUGAGGUGUUUGGGGCCAUCCUGGACAAUUCUACCUUAAUGACAGACUCCAGGGAUGUUUUCAGAACCGAUCUCCGUGCGCAUAUUAGCACUGUAAAAGACAAUCCUGACAAGUGCUCCUCCAUACGGUCUCUUUCCGUGCCUGUAGGAACUCUGGAAACGUAUGUGCUCGUACACAUAUUACUUAGCAUAUACACAUCUAGAAGAACGGUAUUUAACAUGCAUCUCAUAGAUUUGUUUGAAGCAAGUGCUAGCAGUGCCGGUCCCAAAGCAGGACUGAGCUUAGAAAUUGGUCUCGAGAUUCUGCGGAAAGCGUGGCCGUACCUGCACCGCGAGACCAUACUCUCGUUAGUUCAUAGAAAGAACCCCAACUCCGCGGUAACUCAGGUGCUGCAUUUCGAGGAGUUCGUGGAGCUGUUGGCAGGUCUUGUUAUUGCACCCCCUACUACGAUAGACCCUCUCCUUCUACAAGCAAAGGCCGGAUUUGCUGCUGCGGAGCAGCAAGCGGUGAAGUUGAUACCUCUUUUGGACAAGGAUGUGCCGGACGAUGCAGCGCUUUUGCAGGCGCUGGAUUCUUUGCGGCAAGAUGCCAUUGCUGCGCUGCAAAGGCAGUGUUCGCUCAAGGCAAAUGUUGUGGUCGCUGAGUACCUUCGGGUGGCAGAGUUUGAAGGAAUGAGGAGAGGCCUUGUGGAAGAAACUCCCGAUACUCCAAACGAAAUAGAAUGA